GAAGAACCUACACAACACAACAUACACUUCACUUCAUACAUUAAAAACACCGAAAUUUUAAGGCAAAAAAAGCAGCCGCAGAACCAACCUAGCAUCUCUCUCUCAAAUCUCAGCAACUUCAAACCUUUGAGUCAGUCAGUCACACUAAACCAAUGGGAGAGGAAGAAAAGAAACCAGAGGAAACCAAAGUAGAGGAGAAAAAACCAGAGCAACCACUGAAGAAAGAAGAAGAGAAGAAAGAAACUGAGAAACCACCGACAGAAGAAGAGAAAAAACCGGAGGAAUCUAAGGAAGUUACACCGCGAGAAAUUGUGCUUAAAGUCUUCAUGCAUUGUGAAGGUUGUGCUCGUAAAGUUCGUCGUUCACUCAAAGGUUUUCCAGGGGUUGAAGAUGUGGUUACUGAUUGCAAAUCUCACAAGGUUAUUGUUAAAGGAGAAAAAGCGGAUCCAUUGAAGGUUCUUGAAAGAGUUCAGAGGAAGAGUCAUAGACAAGUUGAGCUUCUUUCUCCGAUCCCAAAACCACCUUCAGAAGAAGAGAAACAAAUUGAUGAGAAAGAGAAACCUAAGCCAGAGGAAGAAAAGAAAGUUGAAGAGCCUAAGGUUAUCAUAGUGAUUCUGAAAGUUCACAUGCAUUGUGAAGCUUGUUCACAAGAAAUCAAGAGACGCAUUGAGAAAAUCAAAGGAGUUGAAUCAGCUGAACCGGAUCUGAAGAACUCACUAGUGACAGUGAAAGGAGUACUUGAAACUGAUAAAUUAGUAGAAUAUGUUUACAAGAGAACUGGAAAACAAGCUGUGAUAGUGAAACAAGAGCCAGAGAAAAAAGAAGAAUCAAAAGAAACCAAAGAAGAAGAGAAAAAAACUGAGGAAGGUGAAAAAGAUCAGAAAGGGAGUGGUGAAGUCGAGGAAAAGAAAGAAGCUGCUGCUGCUGCAGAAGGAGAUGGAAAACCAAGUGGUGAUGGAGAAGGUGGUGCAGAAGAAGUUAAGGUGGUGGAGUUGAAGAGAAAUGAAUAUUAUUUUAAUCCACCAAGGUAUGGUACGGAGUUUUAUGCAUAUGCUGGUCCAGCUUACCCUCCUCAAAUUUUCAGUGAUGAAAAUCCAAAUGCUUGUUCUAUCAUGUAAAAAUUUGGGAAUGAUAAGGGUAAUAUUGGAAUUAUGGAAGAUGAAAGCCAUAUCCUGGGUAAGAUGUGCCCUAUGUACUUUUCCCUGCAGUAGAAAAGUGUAAUCUACAGAUCAACUGUAGAAUUUUGCAACUCUAUCUACUUUUUUUCUUUAAAAA